AUGGCCGAAGAAGGUGAAUUAGUUAAACGCGAUUAUGGAAUGUCAUCAUCGGACUCAUCAAAUCUUCAAAUUAGCGGCAUUUUGUUUACAUUUGUUGCUGCUGCUGCCACCGCUAAAAUAACAAUUGGACAUGUAGAAGUUUUUAUUUAA